UAUAGCGCCCACUGGUUACUCAAAGCGCUCAUGCUUUUGCAACAAAUUACGAGCAAAUAUGACUUAGCGGAUUUAUUGUUCCGAUCCGGGCUCGUCAGGAUUAAAAUUGACUGACUGAGUAAGUGACCAGUCGUGAGUGGCUACUAAAGGCGUUCCACCAGCACAGGGGGCGUCACGUCGGAUCUCGCCUAGGGCACCAAGCAAGCCAGAACCGCCACUGCCUGAGGUGAUUACUUGGUCCAUUGUUUCCUAGCAACACGGUCAUGUGUCCUGGAGCACCAUGGGAGUCUGGGGAUAUUUUGGAACCAAUGCUGCAUGUCUAAGCUAGAGGUCAGAUGCCAUACAUGGCCCCCAUACUAGUAUGAGCCAGGGGUCAAUGAAUGCGCUCUUACAGAUGACUGCAGAAUCCCCCAGACCAGACCUUUGCUCCUACCGGGAAAACUGCCUUAGGACUGAUGAUGAGGACAAUGAUGUCUAUAAAUAGAAGAAUCCCGGUGUGGAAAUGCAUCUGAUCCAUUGGUUCUGCCUCAGACGUUAAACCAUGGGGAACGUGGAGAGCCAAAAUGGAGACCACGCCUACUACUGUGAGGGGCAGGGCCACCUCUCACGAAAGCACAUGACUAGAUCCCUUCGCAUCAACAAGCAGUCUCGGCAAUCACGUCACGCUUUGUCCAGCAAGCCUGAGCACCGCAACUCUGAGACUAGCACGAGAUCCAGCAGCACCCCUUCCAUUCCACAAUCCCUGACCGAAAACGGCCUUGAACCCUUCAAUGAACCCGAUGCUCUGGAAGGCUAUGGAGGAACCAUUUGGGUGGACCGGGUGGCCAUGAACUUGCGGCCAGUGUCCUUUCAUGACCCUACCACCACGCCGGGCUCUGAGGACGGAGUGGAGAUGGACACAGUAGUCCCAGACGGUUGUGAUGAUGAGGGACUUUUCACAAGUGAGGACAGGUACCUUCAGAGAACCAGAGAUGGUCCUCGAGAGGGUGGCAGCUUCAAGAAGAAACGCUCCAAAUCUGCGGACAUGUGGCGAGAGGAUUCCAUGGAAUUCUCUCUGUCGGAUCUAAGCCAAGAGCAUCUGACCAGCACUGAGGAGAUUAUCGGGACAAAUGAGGAUGAAGACAAAGGCUUCGACAACUGUGGAGGUCGACGUCAAACCUCCAGCCCACGAACGCUUGAAUCUCACUCCGGAGAGAGAGCAAACUCUUUGGACGAACUUUGCACACAAAGGCUACUUCCUCUUCAUGGCUCCCACCAUCUCUAUAACAGUCAUGAUCCCGAGAGGAUAGAGGUGGGCGUAAAAAACGGCGAGGUCUUGUCUCCUGCGGAGGAGGACGGGAACGGAUAUGGAGCAUACACGCUUCCCUGUCGUCGCUCUCACUGCUUGUCGGAAGGACUGUCCAAUCACCAGGCUCAUAUCUGCUCGCGUAUGCAGGGUCGACGUGCGAAAACAACGCAUGAUAUCUCGGCGGCAGGCGAGGGCAGUGAGUAUGGAGACAGCGGUAUUGACGGUGGCGCAGCUGAAAUUGAGCAUUCAUCACGCCGUUGUAAGGCCAUGUCGGCUUCCUUCUCUGUCUACUCCACUGCUAGUGGGAGCAUCUUUGCGGGAAGCGACAGUGGCAGUAGCAGCGGAGGUGGAGGAGAUCGUGAGCGCCAGCCGGGUGGAGAUCAGGGGGUUUAUGAGAACUUCCGGCAGGAACUGGACUUGAACUCGCGGCAGACUCGGGAGUGUCUGGAAGAGGCUGGAUCGGCUGCUAGUGAUGAAAGGAGUAGCGGUACGCUCAGCUCCGUUUAUCCAUCGGACAUUCUGCUCAACACGGUGCAGGGCACUGUGCGGAAGGCUGGUAUGCUGGCCGUGAAGAACUUCCUGGUGCACAAGAAAAAUAAGAGGGUGGAGUCAGCAACAAAACGAAAGUGGAAACAGUACUGGGUGUCACUCAAAGGAUGCACUCUAUUUUUCUACGAAACGGAUGGGCGUUCAGGGAUCGACCACAACAGCAUUCACAAACAUGCAGUCUGGGUGGAGAACAGCAUUGUCCAGGCCGUACCAGAGCAUCCCAAGAAAGACUUUGUGUUUUGCCUAAGCAAUGCACUGGGAGAUGCCUUCUUUUUCCAGACGUCAGGUCAAACGGAGUUGGAAAACUGGAUAACCGCCAUCCACUCAGCCUGUGCCACGGCCGUAGCCCGCCAGCACCAUCGUGAGGACACGGUACGAUUGCUGCGCACUGAGAUCAAGAAGCUUGAACAGAAGAUCGACAUGGAUGAGAAAAUGAAGAAAAUGGGUGAAAUGCAGCUCUCUGCCGUCACUGAUGCAAAGAAGAGAAAGACCAUCCUGGAGCAGAUAUUCCUCUGGGAGCAGAAUUUAGAGCAGUUUCAUAUGGACUUGUUCCGGUACCGUUGUUACCUGUCCAGUCUGCAGGGCGGCGAGCUUCCAAAUCCAAAACGCCUACUGGCUGUUGCUUCCCGCCCCACUAAACUGUCCAUGGGUCGUCUUGGCAUUUUUUCCGUAUCAUCCUUUCAUGCCCUGGUGGCAGCGAGGAUGGAUGGUGGAAUGCGGAGACAUACUCAGGCCCUGUCACGAUCCUCCAGUAAACGGAAGAGUCGUUUUUCUUCCCUGUGGGGUCUAGACACUACCUCAAAAAAGAAAACCAAAGGCAGACCCAGCAUCAACCAGGUGUUUGUAGACGGUGAUGAACCAGUUAAGAGGAGUCUUGAGCGCAUGUUUGAGGACUCUGGAAAGGAGACUCUGAAGGAGCAAGAGGGUUCAGUUAAAAGCCUCCCCCAGCACAAGACGGACAAUGAAGUUUGGGUUCCGGACUACCUCACACCAUCCUGGGUCUCUUUACCCGACGAUCGGCCCGUGUUGGCAAUCAUACAACCAGGCGAGACGGCCAUGGAUGCCCUGGAAGCCCUCUGCAGGGCUUACAGACUGGAACUUUCCAAACACUAUAUACGGUUGAAGUUCCUCGUUCACAAUCAAGUGCAAUUGUACAUCCCCAAACCCGAGGAGGACCUGAGUGACCUGCUCUACAAAGAGAUCGAAAUUUGUGACAAAACAACCAAAGUCAUCCAGUUUGAUAGAGAUGAGUCCUGUGCUAUUGGCUACGGUUUUUCUGUGGCUGUGGUAGAGGAGGACGGAGCACAGCAGCUUCAUAUCACUGAUGUGAAAGCCGGAGGUCUGGCAUUCGCCAAAGGUCUGCGAGCAGGUGAUGAGAUUCUGAAGUUGAACAGUAAGCAGGCGAGUCUAUUGGAACUGGCAGACAUGCAGGGUGCGUUCUCUCUGCCCUCUCUCACCCUCACUGUCAGCACACUGCCCGUGACUGAUCCGCACCAGCUGUGCCAGCUUCCCCCACGCCGAUCAGAUGGGGCUCAGGACCUCUGCACUGACAUCUUCUCCCAGAGCCAGGAGGACAUCCUGGAUGAAGGCGUUGGCCUGGUGCUGCACAGCCCGGAUGACACAAUGUUAGACCAGUCCGGUCUAACAACCGAGAGCCCUGCUGACAGCCUAGAAGAUGAAACGGAUGCGAGACACAAGAGUACAGGGCAGUUGACCGCUUUCUGCCGUAACCUCCAUGAUAUGAAUUCCACUGAGGGUCCUGUUUCCUGUUGUUCCUCUUCAUCCACUUCUUCCUCACCUUCAUCCUGUGUGCCCAGCCCCAUUUUACCACUGCCUGUCCUCUUCACCCCCCGCCAGCUCUCUGAUGCAGAUAAACUCCGUAAGGUCAUCAGUGAGCUAGUGGACACGGAGAGGACCUAUGUUAAGGACCUGAACAUUCUGAUAGAGCGCUACCUGAACCCACUGCAGAAGGAGAGCUUCCUCUCACAAGAUGAGCUGGAUGUGCUUUUCGGGAACUUGGUGGAGAUGGUUGAAUUCCAAGUGGAGUUUCUCAAGACUCUGGAGGAUGGAACCAGAUUAAUUCCAGAUUUAGGCAAACUGGAGAGAGUGGAUCAAUUCAAGAAAGUUCUGUUUUCUCUUGGCGGAUCAUUCCUGUACUAUGCAGACCGUUUUAAGCUCUACAGUGCAUUUUGUGCCAGCCACACAAAAGUGCCCAAGGUCCUGACCAAAGCUAAAACGGACCCAGAGUUCAAGGCGUUCCUGGCGGAGAGGAACCCCAGGCAGCAGCAUUCGUCCACACUGGAGUCCUACCUGAUCAAACCCAUUCAGAGGGUCUUAAAAUACCCUCUUCUGCUGAGAGAGCUUCAUUCUCUCACUGACCCUGACAGCGAGGAGCACUACCACCUGGAUGUUGCUAUGAAAGCCAUGAACAAAGUGGCAAGUCAUAUAAAUGAGAUGCAGAAGAUUCAUGAGGAGUAUGGAGCUGUUUUCGACCAGCUUAUCAGUGAGCAGAGCUCUGACAAGAAAGAGGUUGCUGAUCUGUCAAUGGGUGACCUCUUACUGCAUGACACAGUGGUCUGGAUCAACCCAACUUCUUCCCUCAUGAAGGGGAAGAGAGACCCAGAGCUGGCUGCUUUCGUUUUCAAAACGGCGGUUGUUUUUGUGUAUAAAGACUGCUCCAAGCACAAGAAAAAAAUAGGUGGAUCUCAUAGAGCAUCAGUCCUUGAUGAGAGAGACCCAUUUCGUUUUAGACACAUGAUCUCUACUGACGCUCUCCAAGUUCGCAACCUGCCUAAUUCAGAUGGGUCAGCAAUGUGUGAGAUUAUUCACAUGAGGUCCGAAUCUGAAGGGAGACCUGAAAGGACGUUUCAUAUCUGCUGCAGCUCUCCAGAGAGUAAAAAAGACCUCCUGAAGACAGUUCAUUCCAUCCUGAGGGACAAACAACGCCGACAGUUAAUGAAGACUGAGAGUUUACCUCCCAAUCAGCAGUAUAUUCCCUUCGGAGGGAAACGGCUUUGUGCACUAAAAGGAUCACGACCCAUCAUUAACAGAGCGGUUUCAGCCCCAUCUCGAACCCUCGGCCGACGGAAGCUGAUCCGGAACCGUUUCACCAUUGACACAGAUGUGAUUUUCAAUGACGGCUCCACCCAAGACUUGCCACCAAUCACCCCAACAGAGUCCCUGCCAUCAAAGGUGUCCCCUUCACUCCAGAAACCCCAACAACCAAUCGGAGACACUGACCGCUGGGUGGAGGACCAGUUUGACCUGCAGCACUACAAGAACGAGGGCGACGUGAAGGAGACUGACAUCCUCAGCGACGAUGACGAGUACUGCAAAUCUGUCCGGGGCCCUUCUUCUGAGCCAAGCCUGGAGGAGUCUUUUGAGGCCCUUAGUGUGGAAGGAGAUGAAGAAAAGAAAGACAAAGAUCUCAGUGGACUCUCAGAGGACAAGCACUCCCUGAAAUCUCAUGCCCCUUUGAAGCUGACCCUUCUGAGAAAGCAGUGUGCAGUGGAGGGUGUCACCUCGGAGAGGGACUGUGAGGUCAUUUGGGUUCGUAGAGAUGAUUUUAGCAACAGCUGCAACAGUAACAUCUUCUGAGUGGAAAGGGAAUAGGACCUUCAUCAACAGGGAACAACCAGGCCCUGUCAAUUUAUAUGAAAGUGCUGAAAGGGAAUAGAGUGUGCGAAAGCAGGGACGCUUUUGUUUAUAGACUCUUGAAGCAAUAGACAAGCCUUACAUGAGAUUGGGUCAGAUUACUACUAAGUCCAAGCCUUCGUGAACACAAUGCACUGACAAUCCUGCUAGAACUCUGUGCACCAUACAAAACUCUUGAGACGUUUCAAACCACUCCAUCCUAUUGUCCACAUCACAAGAAACGUUCACAGAAGCCCACUGUACAGCCAAUUUAUUAAAGGCUUCAAACUGACAUGGUGCCUGACAUGCAUGUGCAGAUAACAGGCAGCUACACUUUCUUUUAGUUUAUGUUCUUGCCAAAACUACUUUUUAUUUUGUAGAAACAUGGGUCAAUAUUUUACAUUUUGUCGAACUGCUGUUCAGUUUGUGCUUCAUAUCGCCUCUACCCCUCUUUAUUUAGGGAUUUGAGACUUAACUCUUGGUAUAAUCUUGCUAGCUCUUUGUAAUGGCUGCACACAAGUGAUUUGAGAACAGCAACAACUUUAGUAUUACAUUCCCUGGAAAUGACACAACAGUCUCUAACUAGCUAGAUAAAACCAUUCCUGUUACAAACCCAACAGUUCCUCACUUGCUGUCUUUGUCCCAUUUUGUUCACUGGUUUACCAGCACCCCAGUAUUAAAGAAUGUUAUUUUCUCAACAAAUACACACUAUACAGAUGUUUCUCUGCAAUAAUGUAAUAUAGGUUAGGAAAUUAAACAAACCAUAAUGCUCUCUCAGCCAUUUAAAUAAAAUAAGCAUUAUAAAUCUGAGCACUACCCCUACAAAGUGAUAAGCAACCAUCAUCAGUUGAUCAUGUAGCAGAUUUGUUCUUUCGUAAUUUAUUGCAGUCUUUGAGAAGUUUAAACCUUCUGUGAUAUUUUGUACUGUACAUUAGUUAGGUUUGAUAUAGAAUGCUAAAGCCAUGUCAAUAUAUUUUAAACACGAUACGCCCUUCCACUUAUGAAAUGCAAUCACUUUUCCUUCAGCCAUGAGACCCUUUUCAAUGAUUCUGUCCGAGGUAAAAUUAGUUGUAUUUAAAAUGUACAAACUCCUUUGCUUUUAACCCUCUGCCUUUUUGAGACUGUGUAUGUUCUUACUGUGGAAGCAAUUAACCUAAAAUAAAUUUUCCUAAUUUAUAUUUGCAGUUUUAUCCAAAUAACUUUGUUUGUGGUCUGUUCUGUCAACACGACACCAAUUGUGGUGUUUCAAAUAAAGUUUGGUGUGACUCGU